GAGGUGUAUAAUCCCGUUGUGCAGCUCUGCGUUGGGAUGAUACCUUUCUGUUUUUCCUCGAUCCUUGAGGAAGGAAGGUGUUUUCUGCUGUCACAUCCAUUCAUGGAAGAUGCGGCAGUGACAGUUGAGGGCGAUCGGCGUCAGCGUCGGCGCGAGGCACAGCUGAGAUGAGGAGAGGGUGGGGGUGCGAUUCUGGAAGAUUCUGCGGGAAUCUCACGAGUGGACCCCGUUUCACUGGUUUAUUGAGGGGAUCGCUUCUCUGAGCUAGGUGGUUAGCCCUCCUGUCAAAGCCACAACGUGCACACUGUGGUGGAGACUAAAGGUUUUAGGAGCCAAUGACUGGAGCAGACUGAGUUUCCACUGAUCCCUGCUAAGAUGUCAAAGAGACCAUCGUAUGCCCCUCCCCCUCCCCCUGCCCCUUCAACUCAAAUGCCCAACACUGCCGGGUUUGUGGGGUACAACCCAUACAGCCAUCUGGCCUACAACAACUACAGACUGGGAGGGAGUCAAAGCAGCAACAGUCGGGUAACGAAUUCUUCUGGAAUAAAUAUCCCAAAACCACCAAAGCCACCUGAUAAGCCAUUGAUGCCAUAUAUGAGAUAUAGUCGUAAGGUUUGGGAUCAAGUAAAAGCCUCCAAUCCUGAUCUGAAGCUAUGGGAAAUUGGGAAGAUAAUCGGUGGCAUGUGGAGGGACCUCACUGAUGAGGAGAAACAGGAUUAUUUGAAUGACUACGAAGCAGAGAAGAUUGAGUAUAACGAAAGCAUGAAGGCCUAUCACAACUCGCCAGCGUACCUGGCCUAUGUCAAUGCUAAAAGCCGCGCUGAGGCAGCUCUGGAAGAGGAGAGCCGCCAGAGGCAGUCCAGACUGGACAAGGGCGAACCUUACAUGAGUAUUCAACCAGCAGACGAUCCAGAUGAAUACGAUGACGGAUUCUCCAUAAAGCACUCAGCUGCAACUCGUUUCCAACGCAACCAUCGUCUGAUCAGCGAGAUUCUCAGUGAGAGUGUAGUCCCAGAUGUGCGAUCGGUUGUUACUACGGCUCGCAUGCAGGUCCUUAAACGCCAGGUCCAGUCUUUGAUGGUACACCAGAGAAAACUGGAGGCCGAGUUGCUUCAGAUUGAAGACCGCCACCAGGACAAGAAAAGAAAAUUCAUCGAAGCCACAGAGUCAUUCACAAAUGAGCUAAAAAGGCUGUGCUGUAUGAAAGUGGAAGUGGACAUGGAGAAGAUUUCUGCAGAGAUUUCUGCAGCAGAAGAGGCAGCGCGCAAGCGGAUAGCAGAACGUGAGAGAGAUGCAGGGGACCGCGGUGCAAGAGAGGCCCCCACCUGUGUCUUAGCAGAAGAAGAAAAACACAUUUGUGCAACACAUGGCAACAAGUCUCAGCAAAAUCCUCUCGCUGAAAGUAUCAGCAAGGAAGUCGAGGACACAGAGUCCAACACCACAGACGCUCCAGUGAAGCAGAAGGCAUCAGAGGAGCUUGAGGCUCAUCCCGGCAGCGAGGAAGGGGCGUCAGAGGACAAGGAGAGCGUCCCAGAGGGAGCCAUGGAGGAAGGAACCAGUGACAGUAACACUGGCUCAGAGACCACCUCUGCUCAGACAGAAGAUGCCCCGACCAGUGAGCCAUCAGAGGGGCCCAGCAAGGCGAGAGCAGCCCACUGAGUCCAACACAUACCCGACUGUGAACUGUAAGGCUGUUAGUUCUGUUGGCCUAUGAUCACCUGAUAACAUUUAUUGCACAGUAUCAUCUCUCUUAUCAGUGUUCAGAUGGGCUCAUUGUUUGACAAGCCUGAGGCAAAGAGGAUGUUGCGUUCAGUUUGAAAACACCAAGGCUCACAGACAUGGGCUGAAUCGAAAUAAAUGAAACAUUUAAAGCACUUGAAGCCAACAAAUCAGUGGUCCUGUCCAAAAAAUGGCUGCAGAGUUCCACAGUGGUCCAUGUGAAAGCACUACACAGUGACAGGCCUCAUUGCCGUUUGAAAGAACCCAGACAAGCCCUCUUCAGCACAUAUUGACACAUAUCUCUCGCACUAUGUCUGGCAUGCCCCAGAUCAUUGCAAAUUAAGGCUGGUAUAUGAAAACAAAGCUGUCACAUGAGACAAACAUUGUUCAGUGUUAUAUUAAACUUUGUCUUCUGUAUUGUAGUGUCAUUGUUGCUUUUACUGUUAUUUUUGCAUGUUGAAUUUUUUUCAAAAUAAGUUGGCUUGCUUGUGAAGAGUGGAGUUGAGUGACCAUCUCCUUGGCAGGAGAAUAUUUGUUUACUAUCAGUAUUACAGUGACAGUAUUGUCUCAGGAGUUUGUAGUCCUUAGUAGUAGUUAUAUUUGUUAUUUAUUAUCAGCAGUUUAAUUAUACUUGUGUAUUGGUUAUCCUGGGCUCAGCUGAGUCAAUUCAUGAGUAGCCUAUAUCACAUGAUCAUCAGUGCUGUACAAUGCUCAACUACCAGUGUUCUCAAGUUUGCUUGCUGUCAAUCAAAUCAAAAGCAGUACGCUUAGAACAUUUCUGUGUUGUUGUCAAUAUUGCAAUUUUCAGCAGAAGACUUAAAUGUACCGUAUUUGUGUACACAGUGUAACGAGGUUUGAUAAAACAUGUAUUUUCAUGUUGUCGUAAAACAGCUUGAGGAGCAGUCAUAAACAUGCAGUCUUAAAAUGAAUUUCCUUUUGCAUAUUUAUACCAAUAAACUUUUUUACCCG